AAUUGAGUCACAUCCUGGAGCAGGUCUCUGUGUUUUUAGGCUCCUUUAUCUUUCACUCCACAGAAAAGGGACAUAUUUCAUGUUAUUUUAUCCUGACCCUCUUUUUCGUGUUUUUUCUGUUUGGGAGAGGGGCUGUGGGGCCCAGGUUUUUCCAACAAAAAUCAUUUUAUUUUAAGCUUCAGCAUUACCUAUAACAGUGGAUGGGAGGACCUUGUUUGGGUUUUUCUGAGCUGCAGUUGUAUUUUCUGGAAGCGGAUAUGGGCCCGGGUUUUGCUCCACAGAUGGGUCUUUCAGAAGCCGACGCGCUGCAGCCGCGCUGCUUCAGAUGAGGUGCGCCGCUCAGGUUCUUGUCGGGAGGAUUUGCGACAUGGGCUGAGCUCCUGUGAUGACUCUGUUCUCCUGAAAGCUGCUCAGACAAGCGAAGAUGGACGACGGGAAGCGGAGACGGAUAAAGCUUUAAGUUUUGGGGACUUGCAGGAAUUUACUUUUUUUUACGCACAGAGCGCACACACCGGCACGGCAUUUCGGCGCAGAAACUGGAACUACUCGCAGAUAUUUUUACGAAACAGCAGACGCGUGGAUGAAAGGGGUUUACACUUAAAAUAUCAGAAGUCCAAAGAGUUAAAGGGGCUAUGUUUUUCGUGUUUACUGGCUUUGAUCAACGCAGCUGAUUAGAAGUGGACACCGAACUCUCCAAAGUUACUUUGCGCGCACGUUGCCUUGCAUCUGGUUCGGAGACGCAGCCUCUCCGCCGUUCUGGGAGCACCUAUCUUGGUUUGACCUCCUCUUCGGACCAUGUGGUUCUCUUGCCUCCCGCUGCUUCUGAUGCUGCUCCGGUUCUCCGGUGUGCUGCUGCUGGUGGAGGGGAUCAACACGUGCCAGUCCAUCAACCUGGAGGCGCAGAAGUCCCGGCGCAUCGAGGCGGUCCGCGGACAAAUUCUCAGCAAGCUCCGCAUCCGCAGUCCGCCGGACGACGAUGACGACGACCCUCCGUCAAGCUCCGUACCCCCGGAGGUCAUGCUGCUCUAUAACAGCACACGGGAGCUGAUGAAGGAGCGCGCGCGGCUGGCCGAGUCUGCGUGCGAGCGCGAGAGCAGCGAGGAGGACUAUUACGCCAAAGAGGUGCAGAGGAUUGACAUGCUACCCCCCCGCACCGACUCAAACACCGUGCAACCUGCAACACCCAGCCCCUAUUACAGAGUCGUCCAAUUUGACGUCGGUGGGGUCGAUCUGAUCAACAGCACCCUGGUCAAAGCUGAGUUCAGGAUCUUCAGAGCUCCCAACCCGCAGGCUCGGGCCUCGGAGCAGAGAGUGGAGCUUUAUCAGCUACUGAGACCAGAGGAGGACAGCACCUCCACCCAGCGCUACAUCGACUCCCGCACCGUUCAGCCCAGAGCUAAAGGAACCUGGAUCUCUGUGGACGUCACAGAGACCAUUAAAGACUGGGUGUCGGACCCAGAGAACAACCUUGGCCUGAAGCUGGGCGUGCACUGUCCCUGCUGCACCUUCGUCCCGUCCACCAACAACAUCGUUCCCAACAAGAGCGAGGAGCUGGAGGCGCUGUUCGCUGGUGUGGACGAUGAGAGGCUUCGUCAACUGAGAAAACCAGGUCAGAUUAAAGGUCAGGCAGACUUCAGCACCAAGACACCACACCUCAUCCUCACCCUGCUGCCCAGUGACAGAGUGGACAACCUAGCCAAGAAGAGCCGAAAGAAGAGGGCUGCCGCCACAGACACCACAACCUGCUCCCGUGGCUCAGAUCAGGGCUGCUGUCUGCGCUCACUCUACAUCGACUUCAGGCGUGACCUCAACUGGAAGUGGAUCCACGAGCCCAAAGGUUACAAGGCCAAUUUCUGCGCCGGCAACUGUCCGUACCUCUGGAGUGUCAACAACCACUACAACAUGAUCCUGCCUCUGUACAACAAGCUGAACCCAGAGGCCUCAGCGUCGCCCUGCUGUGUCCCUCAGGACCUGGAGCCCCUCACCAUCAUGUACUUCGUAGGCCGAACACCACGCGUGGAGCAACUCUCCAACAUGGUCGUCAAAUCCUGCAAGUGCCGCUGAGUGGAGUGAAGAACACUCCUCUGGGAGGGAUCCUCAGCUCACUACACUUCACUGACUGAUCACCUUUUUGGCAGACACGCUAUCUGAAUCAGAUGUCAGGGUUUUUUUUUUGUUUUUUUUUUUACAGUCAUGAAAGCUUCUCUUCUUCAUUCUCUGGAACUUUCCAUUUGAUAUAGGACCCUGUAAAUAUGUCAGCACUGCUUCAUCAAACCAGUGCUUGAGCAUAAAAACCUAAAAACAAAAAGGUGUUGUGUGAUUUGGCCACAUUUUAGUCCAUCUGCUGAAAAAAAGCAUCUGUUUUGUCAAGAUUCUGAGUGUGCCUGGAUAGCCGUGGGCAGCGGAGCACGCCAGACGUGAGCCUCUUUGCUUUAGGGUUAAAGGUGUUGAUUUGAAGGAGGCGGUGAGACGAGCCAUUCAGACUCAGAUGCAAGAAGUGAAGGAGGAAGGGAACAGAUAGAAAAAGAGGUAGAGACCGUGUCCAGGCGGAGGCUGUGCCAGCUCUUUGCGGUCCCGAGGCUGAAAUCUGCCCGGCGUAAACAGGAUGUGAAAGGUUUCCAGACACAGACCCGACCACUCACAGAACGCCAGAUUUAAACACUCCCCUCAUCUUUUCUCCCUUUCUCUCCCUCUUUCUGUGUUACUCGAGGUUCUGGGACUUGUGGUGGGAGGAAAGGGAGAAAAGAGAGGCUUUGAAAAUGAGACGUGGGAUGAUAGGGCUGUAUUUGGAACAGCUAUACGUUUGGAAGGUGGUACUUUACAGUCUUGGCAAAUUUGUAACUAUUUGGGUCUGGCUCGUACAUUAUAUAAUCACACUCAGGCUCUUUUAUUUUUCUUGCUGCGGUGUGCAUUCAUUAUCUUAUUGCAGAAAAGCUGUUGACCCAUUGCUCAUCCUGUGCUGUGAUUAUAUUUUGUCAUACCUGUGUUUACCACCAGCCUUUCUACACCCAGCCAUCCACACAGAGCACUUUUGAUAGAACGUCUAAAAUGCUAGGAAUAAAAAACAUCCCCGGGGCUGAUUUUAAAUAUAGCUUCUCUGGUAUGCCAGUGGUUUGUGUAUGAGAAGGAGACGGGGUGUGUUUAAUGUGUGUGUGUGUGUGGCAAAUGAGGUCAUGCGUGAAAGCACAGAAAUGAUUCCUUAAGUUUUAUUGUGAGUUUCAUUGUGAUUGUGUUUAAAUACGUCUGCAGGAGAUGUUCCCUUUGUGACCCGACUAAAAGUAAGAUGUGGACUUUUUUUUGUUUGGGUGUUUAUAAAAACCUGGGUGACAAUAAAGUUUCAGUUCAACAGGAAGUAUUCCGAUCAUGACAAAUACAAGGCUACCACAACAACAACUAGCUAGCUAUAAUUGUAUUAAGCAAGCCAGUGGUUUCCAUGAGUUUACUGAAGUUGAACCACCGCCAGGCUUUAAAAGGCCUGGCUGUAAAUUGUGUAACUGGAUCCCUCAAACAUUAUUCUGGUUAACACUUUGUGCAACAGCUGUUCUAAAUGUGUGUACAGAGUCAAUUAAAGACCUUAUUUCCCAUUUAAAUGACUUAAUUACUUUCCAUAGAUUUUACUCUAUGAAAUCUGUUGCCUCAACUUAAAACCUAUUUAAAGGCCAAGUUCACUGAGAAACUGUUUUUUUUUACUUGUUAUAACUCAGUCAUUCAGAGUUUCACAUGCAGGUCAAAUAUGAAAACAAUCUUUUUUUAGCUGUAUACGUCUUUGAUCCUCUUUGAGAAACAUUUUUGGUGCAUUUGACCCAUACUUGCAUUAGUAAGGAGCAGGGGUCUGAUUUGCAUUGCUCCUGGGAGAAACUUUGGGGGUUGGCAUCUUUCCCAAGGAUGCUUCUAGGGAUCAAUCCUAUGACCUUUGAAUCUUGGGACAACCGCUCACCCUGUUCAGCCAUGGUCGCCCCAUUCUACCCUUAUUUCAUGCAUUAGCUGCUGAAAGAAAUUAGAUGGGGAAAUGCCCAGGUCAGAAAAGCCAUUCAGAUCUAUCUCACACUGAAAAUUGGCAUAUAAGGACUCACCCAUCUCCACCGUGUGAUGGGGAAGGCUAUUACUGGUUUAUCAUCUAGGAAAGAGCAGAGCACAUCUCGGCUAGUAGAAGCUAACCGUUACCAUUAGCAACUCCAUGACCCAGCAGAACUCCUCCAGGCUUGGUUAUUUGCAGACAUAAUACAUCAAUGCUGCAAAGCAAACAGACUCAGUGGUAGAGUCACAUUGCUGUUAGCCAAUCAGAGGCAAGAUGUCUGACUAUCAGGAAAUAAGACUCUAAAUCCUGUCGUCUUCUGCCCACCUCUCCUCUGGUUCACAUCUAGUUCCUGAAACAGGAGCGCCAUAGCUUUGUUUCCUACAGAGAUCAGCUAUGUUUAUACAAGAGACUGCUGCAAAUGUGUUGGAAAAACAAAUGAACUUGUCAAAGAAACUGAAAAAUAUCAAAGAUUUGCAGUUCCUGAUGAUCACUGCGUAAAGUACACAAAUGCAUAUUAUUGGCCAAAAUUCUAAACAAAAACAACAAGAAGUGUUUCCUUCUGUGUUGUGAACAAAUAAAAUCUUCUUGUUGUAGAUAGCUUUUUAGUACAACCUCAGUUUGAAGAAAUAAAGAGUAGUGCAGGCAAGGCAGAUAAGCUAACAGAUAAAAUCUAAUGUAACAUGAUUGCAGUAAGUGCGGUUACAUGCAUUACAUCCAUGUGGAUCUUAUUGUAAUAAGCUGGGAGUCUUUAUCCUAGUUCACAGAUGCAUUAGAAAACCGGCCUCUCAAUUAAAGUUCGUUCCACUCCAGUACAGUAGGUGGCGACAUGCCCCUUUUCAUACUCAUUCCUCCUGUUAGCCACACAACACAAGCAGUGUGACAAUGAUCUUGUCAGGAGACCACUUUCGUGGUGUUGUCACUUCUGGAACGCGAGCGUAGUUUGGCUAACCCGUCAGCUUAUAGCAACACCAGCAGUAAACAAAAGCUGGUGGGAGUGAAGCAGAUGGAAUUGAAACAGGAUAUGCACAAUGGCUAAAGGAAUGUACAAAAACGCUGCAGCACAGCUUAUUUGGUAUGUUCAUGUGUGUUCCUUUGUGAUGAUGGUCUUGUCACAAGACCACUUCAGCUGUCUCGUCACUUCCGGAAUGCGGGCGUCCUACCGGUUUAUUUCGACUGACCUGUUUUCAUGCAGGAUGCAAUUGGAUUGCUACCACAUUAUUUUGGUGCUUCAGCUCGAUUAGAACCAGUCCACCUUUAGCCAGACUAACACGUUUACAUGCAAUUAAAAAACUGACAUGAGUCUUUUUGGGGCAAUACGUCGGUUUUCUGAAGUUCAUGUAAACACACUAGCUGUAAGUAAGAAGCAGAACACCAACUUUUAGCUCUGGAAGCUAGAAGUGCUAAAGCUAACUAGCUGUGCUGCUAAUUUCUCCUCCAAAUAAUCACAAGAGCAUAUGUAACAACAGUGAAAUGUAUGGCUGUGUAAAGGUUCAUGUAAUGUUCACAUAUACUCUUGACAUUUCAUUUGAAACUGGCCCCACAUUUUUACCUGUGGUUAGCUUGUGAUUCUACCAGUACUAGUUAAUGUCUCACCAAACUAAAGUUGUUCAAAAUUAAUUGACAACAGUUAAGCUAACAAUUUGAGUUUUAAAAUGAAAUUAUUUUUCAUCUGUCUUUACAAAAGAGGUCGACAUGUGUAUCUGAACUGUCUCUGGUGUCAGAGUACUUUAGCAGUAAACUUGUUUUUCUGUGGCACAAUGAAACUGCUUUUUCACUGUGUGUGUGUGUGUGCGUGCGUGUGUGUGUGUGUGUUGAGGGGGUGUCAGUGCUUCAGCUGUGGUGAGGCUCCUUCCCCCCAUGAGUAAACUAGCCCCAGCAUCUGUUAGUCUUUUCCAUUUAACUACCCCUUACUACGUCCAACCUGUACUUAUCCCACGACACAGCUCCUUGUUGUUCUGCCUCACACUGGUUCCUUAUGUCCUUGGGAGACACAAAUACUCUGGAUAUUGACCCCCACGCUUUAACUUUUGCACGCACACCCUUCUCCCUUCAUAGACUGUGUCUGUGCCUUUAACCUUGAGUGACUGCGUAAAGCCCUUGGGCAUGGAGAGCACACCCAUACGUACAAACAUACAUACGCUGUGAUGUGGGUCUGGUUCUCAAUAGGUCAGCCAACCUCCUACCUGCCUAAAAUGUAAAAGAGCCUUUUGAUAGAAGAUGUAAGACAUCAGAAAUGAACAGAGGGUAGUUUUUCGUACGUUGUACACUGGUUUCAUCUCCCAUUACAGGUUUGGAGAUGACUUCAGGCUGAAGUCAUUCAGCCAGCUAAACUAAAAUACAACUCUCAGGGAAACAGGACACCAUAAACACACAAUAGAGAAGCAGAAUGAAAGACAAACGUUAACAGAUGAAAUGACCUGUGACCUCAGGGCUACAGAAGCUGUGCUCUUUAGUUGCCCUUGAGCUGGGAUGCUAAAACUGCAACAUCCUCCUUUUUUACAGUAUCAACCCCUGCUUCAAGUCCUGAUACACAACACCUGCUGUCAGAGUCGGACGGGCAAACUCUGUUCUUCGUCCUAAUGUGUGUGUACAGUACAGGCCAAAUGUUUGGACACACCAUCUCAUUCAAUGUGUUGUUUUUAUUUUCAUGACCAUUUACCUUGGUAAAUUCUCACUGAAGGCAUCAAAACUAUGAAUGAACACAUGUGGAGUUAUGUACUUAACCAAAAAAGGUGAAAUAACUGAAAACAUGUUUUAUAUUCUAUUUUCUUCUAAAUAGCCACCCUUUGCUCUGAUUACUGCUUUACACACUCUUGGCAUUCUCUUAAUGAGCUUCAAGAUGUAGUCACCUGAAAUGUUUUUCCAACAGUCUUGAAGGAGUUCCCAGGAGUGUUUAGCACUUGUUGGCUCCUUUGUAAAUGGUCAUGGUCAUGAAAAUAAAGAAAACACACUGAAUGAGAAGGUGUGUCCAAACUUUUGGCCUGUACUGCACUUGCUCAGCUAUCCUACGUAGGACCAGAACUAGCAUUAUCACUAAUCUUCUGAAGACCGAUGGGUCAUUUUAGGACCAAAACCCGGUACUAAUAUGGUGGACCCCCUGUUUUAGUCUUAGGGGUGAGGUUUAGAGGUAAUAUGUGAAUUACGUUUUUGUUACAGUUAAGAUUAGAAAUACACUAGGUAGGGUUAGGGUCUGGGUUAGGCAUAAAUGCAGUAACUAAAAUUAAUGGAAGUCAAAACAAAGUCCUAAAAUGGAUAGAAAAAUGAACUUGUGUGUGUGUGUGUGUGUGUGUGUGUGUGUGUGGGUGAUUACUACCACUAAGUGUGUGUUUUCUUAUUUUUUAGUACAUUUUCCUGUCUAAUGUGUUUGGUUUGUGCCCUUUUCCUGUUCUCUUAAGGCAGAUUGCCGCCCUUCCUGUGGUUGAUUCUGCAAGUUUAUUUUCCUGUUAACAAAAGGUUCUCCUGCUGGUGCCAGCUCUAACGGAGGGAGACCUCAGCCUCGGCCCAUCGUUAAACGUGUUACAGCCUAGAAGGCAGAGGGUAGCUGAGUCACUCAAACAGUUUUCUGGCUGAAAGUGCCCACCAACCUCUGUUAGCUUUAGUUAGCUCAGUCAUAACUAUCGGCUCCAGUCUGACAUAUGUCAAUCAUCUGCCUUCACCCUCACAGCCCCAUUCUCAGCUCCAUUUUUGUGUUUCCCAUGAGUGACGGGACACAUUGUCACACCCUGUCCUGUCUCCCCGUUUUGGUUCAGCCUUAUGUCUCGUUUAUUGCUCCCACCUGCCUCUCGUUUCCCAAUCACCUUAGCUCCCUGCCCUCGUGUAUUUAGGCCCCUUCUGUUCUGUGUCUUGUGUCGGUCCAUUGUUUCAUUGUCCAGCGUGUGUCGAAUAAAUCAGUGUUAGAAGUUCUCA